GCGCAUUCUUCUACACGUGCGUUGUUCAGCGCUAGUUCGUAAUUUUCCCAAGUUUUCCCGUAAUUUUCGACGAAAAAGUGUGAACAUUUAUCGUAAAAUUUAAAAACUCCAUCAAUCGUCACAAUGGGCAAGAAAAUAAAGUUGAAAAAUAAAGCGGAAACCCAAUCCAAAGCGGUUGCACAGAAUGGGAAAGCAUCCGUUGAGGAUUUGGAGGAAAAUUUCGAGCUAGAACCGGAAUCCUCCAAGGCGGACAAGAAGAAAAAAAAACGCAAAAAUAAGGAAGCGGAAGUCGGGGCCUUUGUAAAGAGGCCAAAGCAAAGCGACGAAGAAGAAAAUGGUCAGCCGGAGGAAGAUGGUGACGCUGAAUCGAGUGACGAAGGAGGGGAACAAGAUGUGUCGCCGGUUGGUAGCGGCAGUGCGUAUGAAAUUUUGCUGGGCAAUCAGGAAUUCGAAUCGCUUCGUGGCAAGGUGUCGGACAAUACGUUGAAGGCGAUCGCCGAAAUGGAAUUCACAAAGAUGACCGAAAUUCAAGCAAAAGCCAUUCCACCGCUGCUGGAGGGACGUGAUUUGAUUGGUUCUGCCAAGACUGGCAGUGGUAAAACGUUGGCAUUUUUGAUUCCGGCUGUGGAGUUGAUUCACAAGUUGCAAUUCAAACCACGGAACGGAACGGGGGUGAUUAUCAUUUCUCCUACGCGGGAACUGGCGAUGCAAAUUUUCGGAGUGCUGAAGGAGCUGAUGGCACAUCAACAUCACACCUAUGGGCUCUUGAUGGGAGGUGCCAGUCGGCAUACGGAGAACGAAAAGCUGGGCAAAGGAUUGAACAUUGUGGUGGCUACGCCGGGUCGUCUGCUGGAUCAUUUGAAGGGGACGCCGAAUUUUCUGUUCAAGAAUCUGCAGUGCUUGAUUAUAGACGAGUGCGAUCGUAUCUUGGAAAUUGGAUUCGAGGAGGAUAUGAAGCAGAUCAUCAGUAUCCUUCCUAAAAAACGGCAGACGAUGCUGUUUUCGGCGACGCAGACGUCUCGGACAGAUGAACUGGGUAAGCUUGCGCUGAAAUCAGAACCAAUCUAUGUCGGAGUGGACGAUCACAAGACGGAAGCCACCGUCACUGGACUGGAGCAGGGUUACAUCGUGUGUCCCUCGGAGAAGCGCUUGCUUAUGUUGUUCACGUUCCUCAAGAAGAACCGCAAGAAGAAGGUUAUGGUGUUCUUCUCGUCGUGUUUGUCCGUUAAAUACCAUCACGAGCUAUUCAACUACAUUGACCUACCGGUGAAUUCUAUUCACGGCAAACAGAAACAAGCCAAGCGUACGUCAGUCUUCUUCCAGUUUUGCAACGCCGAAUCCGGUAUCCUGCUGUGUACAGAUGUGGCUGCUCGUGGUUUGGAUAUUCCGGCCGUCGAUUGGAUUGUGCAGUACGACCCACCGAAUGACACCAAGGAAUACAUUCACCGAGUCGGCCGUACUGCCCGAGGCGAGAACAUCUGUGGCCACGCUCUGCUGUUGCUUCGUCCGGAGGAGGUGUCUUUCCUCAAGUACCUUAAGCAGGCAAAGGUUCCAUUGAAUGAGUUUGAGUUCUCCUGGAGCAAGAUCGCCGACAUUCAGUUGCAGUUGGAAAAUCUUCUGUCGAAGAACUACUUCCUUAACCAGUCCGGCAAGUUGGCGUUCAAGACGUACGUUCGGGCGUACGAAGGGCACCACAUGAAGGACGUUUUUAAUGUGGGUAAUUUGGACCUGGUGAAGGUGGCGAAAAACUUUGGCUUCACGCAGCCUCCCUACGUGGACUUUGGCAAGAGCUACAAGAUUCAGAACUCGGAUCGGCGGGCAGGAAACCGGGGUUUGGGUCACUUCAAGACCCUGAACAAGGACAAGAAGGGCGAGAUGAAGUUUAAGCAUAUUAAAAAUAGGAAGGAGCUGAAGAAGAUCGAGUACCAGUAGGUGAAAUGUUGAUUGUUAAGGACGCUUUCUUUUCGG